AUGGGUCUACGGCGAGUGGAGCAACUGCAGCAUCCUAAUGUGCAUGUAGUGGGUGACAGCGCAGUGAUAAUUGGUAUGCUGCAGUUGCGACGGACCCCUCGGUCUCAAUCACUACAAGGACUUUACUUGGCGUCACGACGGAUGGCAGAUCGAAUUGGGGUUCGCAGCUGGACGCAUCACUACCGCAACAACAAUAAGAUGGCUGACGGUUUAGCCAAUAUCGCUAUGGAUUCACAGCGAAGCGUGCAAUUUGCCCCGUCCGCUGGCUACGAGGCGUCGUUCUUUCCGAUGGACACUGUUUUGAAUUACUUGGAAAACGAUGUGAAUCACUGGAUCUUCAACUCAGUCGCAGCCGCGGACGGUGACGAGCAAGAGGUGAUUUCGAUGCAUUAA